AUUGAAUAAGUUAUGAAUUUGUCGCAUUUUCGAUCACCGUAUUGCGUGAAAUCACUGUAGCGAUCAUGUAAUUGUUUUAACGCAGACUUAUUGAAAGUCAAAAUUACACGGUCAAGACUCGAGACCGAAACUUUGAGAAGCAUCCUGAUAGUUUAUUUUGUUCAGCCAUUUGUUGUUGACAUUUAUCAGAGAUUCUGCUUCCUCGAAGAGAAGCAUCUGGCGCUCUCACGGUUGUCAUUGUAAAUAAAAUGACCCCAAGAAAGGAGAACUAAAUAAGGAAAUAAUGUGGUCAACGUUCUUUUGAGUUUAUAUCAUAAUUGAGUGAAAUAUGAAGUUCGCUUAUCGUAAUAAGGGCCUGUAAAUUGGAAAGUUGAAAAGAUUGUCAAUUGAUGAAAAGAAUUCACAGCCUCGUCGAAAGAGCAUCACAUUUAGAGAUGAUCGUCCUGUAAAAAUAGCCGCAAAGUUCGAAAUUGCUUACGAGAACAGAGAAAUUGUUUCCACCAAGAUGAGUCUCACGCGCGGUGAACGCACACGUUUUCCAAAAAUCGAGGAGAUGGCUCAUUUUCAUUAUGACACAGUUGAUUUCAGCUCUCCACUUCAGAUGUGUAUCUAUUACAACAACGAACCUGGAAAGAUGAUCCCCGAUGAAGACGAACGAGAUAUAGUUAAGGUGUUGGUGAGUUGCCGUGAACGGAGCUGGGUGAUCUCGCGUAGUCUUAAUGAUUUUGUUGGGCUGGACAUGCAAUUUCACAAGUGUGUCUACGACCGGAAUUUCUCUGGUUUAGAAUCUUUAAGUUUUCUUAAGGAUGAACAUAUUUUCACAGAGAAUCUGAAACAGAGGCUCGUCAAAUACAUGGAUAGGCUUUCAAGCAUUGCUGGAAACGCCAUAUGGUGUGGGCCGAUUCUAAAUUGGUUCGAGGUUGACAACAAGGGUAACCAUCUUAUGCUCACCGAAGACUCGGCUAUUAAUGUUCCCGCUGUUGCAGCUGCGCAUGUCAUUAAGCGUUAUACCGCUCAAGCUUCUGAUGAGAUCUCGUUUGAGGUGGGGGAUAUCGUGUCCGUCAUUGACAUGCCUCCUGUUGAAGAAAGCUCAUGGUGGCGUGGGAAACGCGAGUUCGAGGUCGGAUUCUUUCCAAGUCAAUGUGUAAAAGUCAUUGGUGACAAUACUUCAUCUACGACUACCCAUAAACUGACACCAGUGGCAUCGAAGCGUGGAAAGGUUGUAAGUUAUCUUAGAGCGUUUCUCUCGUCGAGACCAAGUCGCGUGAAAAUGCUGCAAUCUGGCAUUUUGAGAGCGAGAACUUUUGGUUGCGACCUUGGCGAGCAUCUUCACAGAACUGAAAGGGAGAUACCUCUUGUUGUUGAAAUGUGCGCCAAAAUGAUUGAAGAACAUGGAAUCACGAAUGGGGUGUAUCGUCAUUCUGGGAUGUCGACGAAUGUGCAAAAAAUAAGACUUAUGUUUGAUUCUGAAGAGUCGCCCGACAUAGAACAAGAUUGCUUUCUUCGCGACAUCCAUUGUGUUGGAAAUGUGCUGAAGAUGUACUUCAGGGAACUACCAAACCCUUUGCUGACUUAUCACUUAUACGAGAAAUUUACGAACGCUGUAAGCAUCAAAGAUGGUUUUGAUCGCGAAAUAGCAGUGCAUCAUGUUGUUCAACAGUUACCACCACUUCAUUACAAAACCGUCGAGUUCCUUUUAAAACAUCUGGCGAAACUGGCGAGUUACGAAAAAGAAACUGGGAUGCACGCGAAGAAUCUAUCCAUAGUCUGGGCACCAAAUCUCAUGAGGAAAGAAAAGAUUGAAGACAGCAGUUGUACAUUGCAACAUUUGGGAUCACAAGCGGUCGUUGUCGAAUAUCUCAUUCGCAAUGUCAAUAUUUUCUUUGAUAAAGACACUGCAGCAAGAGCAAUCACAAGGUAUCCCUUAAGUCCAAAGACUCUAACAAGAGAAAGAAGUCGUAGUGAUCCAUCAUUUUCAGAUUCAUCCGACUCGUUCGACCGUAGUAAAAUACGCCCUGCUUCUGUUGGUGUCUCGCCUCCACCUAAAUUGAUAUCUUUGGAAGAAGCAAGAACAUCAAGAAAAUCAUUCAAUGUUGCCGUACGGCAUCGGCACGGAAGCAACUCUAGGGAUAAAUAUGGAACGAAAGUGCCAUUGGCUAAAGUCGACUCUUCCCCGGAUCUUAGUUUACCCGAGAUGACUUCUUCUGAGGCGGUCAAUCCGCUUAGUCAGGCGCCAGGAAAUCCAAUUAAACCUGGCAAAACGUACAUAGAUGUUGGAGAGGGUCCCGACGCUCUACCUGAAUUUCAUACUGUUAUAGAACUGCCUCGUAAAAAACAAAACUUUUCUCGGAACAGCAAGCGCUGGAAGUCGUUCUUCGUUAGACGGCCUGAUUCAUCGGCGAAGGGAACAACGCAAACCUCUGCUACUCCGUCCUCUGUAUCGAAGAAACCGCCCAUGAGGCAACGUAGUUACGAAGAUGCUAUCAAAAAGAUUCCUGAAAAUGGAUUAUCUAAAAGUGUUGAUGAACUAUUGCACCGCAAUCAAUACAAUCCUCAACAAACGAUUGCUAACGCCACCAGUAGUAAAUCAAAAUUUUAUAUCGAACAUGAUCUGCCUCAUGAUGGUACGGCAGGGACUUAUGUCCAAUCACGAAUGACCUCACCGGAUUCAUGUGUAGUUGAUACGACGAGUCAGAAACAUUUAUCUACGAGAACUCAACCACCUCCUAGACCUAUGUCCCCACCACAAGAUUAUCUACAAAGAAAGAAAAAGAGCACUUCUCCCGUGCAAAUAAACGGUGACGAUUCUGCUUUUUUUCUUGCCGGCCAGUAGACGUGCAGGCGAAUGCGAAAACGAUAGCAGUUGUACGUGCUCCAGCUCGAAACAGUUCGACGUCUUCUGCUAAAGGAGAGGGUGAUCAAUAAUGUAGCGUUAUUCAUUCCUUUUCUAUCGGCAUUUUUGAUAACCAUGCCUGCCAUACCUUGGUGGCUUGUGUAUAUAUAGAUGUUGUACUUUAUAAUAUUUCCAUGAAUUAUUGUAUAUUUUCAUGCAUAUAAAUCAAUCAUAUCUAUCAUUCUCA